AUGGAAAACAAUAGUUAUGUUCAUCAUGUGCAAGAGGACGUAGUAAUUGAGGUUCUCUUGAAGCUACCCGUGAAAUCAUUACUGCGUUUUAAAUGUGUGUGCAAAUACUGGUUCAAUCUCGUUAAAAACUGUAAUUUUAUUAGCAAACACCUCCAUCAGAAGAACCACAAGGCUUAUCUCCUUAUUGAACGGUACUCUUACAGCACACAUAUAUUUUCUUGUGCUCUAUUGCCUCUUGAAAUGCUUACCAACAGGUCAAUUGUUUAUCUUGAUAUUAACGAUCCUGAUACGGCCAAAUAUAUAAGUGUUAUCGACUCAUUUAACGGUAUAAUUUGUCUUUGGGAUCAGAAUCAAAUAGCUUUGUGGAACCCCACUAUAAGAGAAUUCAAACCUCUCCCUGUAUACCAUCCAAUCCUUCCACUCUAUAUCAAGGCAUACUCCCAUUGUUUUGGAUUUGGGUUAGACCUAGUGACCAAUAACUACAAGGUGGUCUGGAUUCGGUACCUUUGGAAUGAAGAAAAUGAUUACCCAUACGAUCCUCCAGUUGUUUCAGUGUAUAACCUAUUUCCACUCUAUAUCAAGGCAUACUCCCAUUGUUUUGGAUUUGGGUUAGACCUAGUGACCAAUAACUACAAGGUGGUCUGGAUUCGGUACCUUUGGAAUGAAGAAAAUGAUUACCCAUACGAUCCUCCAGUUGUUUCAGUGUAUAACCUAGGUAUUGAUUCUUGGAGACUUGUUGAAGCUGAUUUACGUCCUCAUUUAAUGCGUGGCGCUUUAGGCAACACAUGCACAAAUGGAAUUUAUUACUGGCUAGUCAGUCAUGGUGGUGAUAACUAUUUAGUCCUUUCGUUUGACAUGAAAAAUGAGGUUUUCAAAAUGAUAUUGGCACCACUGGAUAUUCACGAAUCACAAUUGGGCACUCUUGGCUUGUACAAUGAAUCUAUUGCUAUGGUGCUUUUUGAUCCUUGUGUGAUAGAGAAGCAGUUUGACAUAUGGGUGAUGGUAGAGGAAGGAUACUGGACAAAACAAUUAAUUAUUGGCCCCAUUUCAGAUGUUGAUGGACCCCUUGGUUGCGCAAAAAAUGGAGAGUUCCUUUUUUAUACUGGCACUUCACAGUUAGUUGUUUACAGCCCUAAUACACAGGAAAUUAAGUACCUUGGACCCUGCAGAUAUAGUCAUUCCCUUAGUGUUUUCGUCUAUGAGGAGAGCCUAGCUUCAAUUAAGGGAGAAAAGGAAUGCUUGGAAGGGGUUAACACCCUAUGGUCGGAGUUGAAGUGUUUUUCGUGUUCCAUCAGCCUCUCAUAG